UGCAUGUCAGUUAGUUAGAUUUUUAUCAAGAUAUUCCCUCUCACUGCUUAUGGAACUCUUUCAUCACUUCCAAAUGCUCCCUCCCCACAUAAUUCUUUCUUUUUGAGAGACUAGACAAGAAAUUAAAAGAAAAGACAGUCAGAAUUAAUGGAGAAUUCAAAUUCUAAUUCCAGAAAACCACCAAAGAAUGGGAAUAGGAUGAUUUUGGAGAGAGGGGUAGUUGGGUUGGGCAUAGUAGCAGCCAUGAACUCCACUGAUGUUGUUGUCUCCUCUGCUAAAGCUGCUGCUAACUUUCGUGGAACCACAACCUAUGACUAUGGCAUUUUCUAUGCUUCCCCUCUCAACAAUACUGGAACCCGCUUCCCUCAUUUUCUCAAUUCCUGCAAUCUUUGCGACAAACAUCUUCAUGGGGUUGACAUCUUCAUUUACAGAGGCGAGAAAGCGUUUUGUAGUGCAGAAUGCCGUGAGACACACAUUAGCAUUAGCAACGAUGAUCACCAAGACGUAGUCAAGUGCAGAUCUCGUGUUGUAGAGCACAAUCCUGUCACACUCACAUCUUCUAUUCUUGCUGCAGCAUGAACCUACACAAUCCUGUCAUUUUAUUAUUAAAGGAUGAAAGAAUUAGCUAGCGCCAUCAAUCUCAAUAAAGAUGUUUAUCCCCAUGACUUAAUUUGGUACUACCUAGCUCGCCACAGGGGAGAGUUGCGACGAAAAUCGAAGCAAGUGUAGUGAAGUAGAUUGUUUGAUCUCUAAUGAAUGGAACAUUAUAAAACAUACAUAGAUUUCCUUUCUUCACGCAAUAUAUAUAAAUUGCAACCAAGUUCAUAUUCUCGUGCA